AUGUUGCUCUUAGUUUUACAAGUCCUCUGUUCAUGGGUGCCCCAUUUAAACGUUAUCAAUGAACUUAAAGGGACUGUGGCCUUAGCUGGUUCCUCCCAUGUUCAUCGUUUGAAAUUUGCUCGUUUGUAUGCUCAUCAGAUGAAGAACUGCAGUUCUAGUCAGAUGGAAGCUCUAGCUUUGGGUAAAAAAACAGGGGUCUUAUUGGUAAAUACGGGAACUCCGGAACAGUACACGUACUUCUCUAUCAGGAAAUUUUUAGCUGAGUUUCUCAGCGAUCGGCGAGUGAUUGAGUUACCGAGGAUUAUUUGGCUACCAAUAUUGUACUUGUUUGUCCUCACUCGCCGACCUUUCAAAAAAAGAAACUGUUACAAGUCAAUCUGGAACGCGGAAAAAAAUGAAUCUCCGUUGCGUACGAUUUCUCGAAACCAAGCUCUCCACCUCGCCACACGGUUGGAAAGCAGAUUGUUUGAUGUCGAAUGGGCAUUUCGUUACGGCAACCCCUCUAUUUCGUCUAGCAUCCAGGCUUUAAAGGACAGAGGCUGCAACCGCCUCCUAUUAUUUCCUCUCUUUCCUCAGUUUGCAGGACCGACAACUGCUACUAUUGUAGAUGAGGUUUUCCGUUGUCUUUCAAAACAGCGCCACCAGAUGUCAUUGCGUGUUGUGUCGCCUUUCUUUGACAACGACGUCUACAUCACCGCUGUUGUCAAAAAAAUCCAGGAAAAACUAGACAAUUUAGAUUUCUCCAUAGAUGCUAUAAUUUUCUCGUACCACGGCCUUCCUGUUGAUUAUUGCUUAAAGGGUGAUCCGUAUGAGGUACAGUGCGAAGAAACUACUCGAUUGCUUAAACAAAAAUUAUCUUAUGACGGCCAAUUUUUCACGACGUACCAGUCCCGUUACGGUAAAGGAAAGUGGCUGCAGCCGUACACAGAGGAUAUGGUCGUAGAACUUGCCAAGUCGAAUAUAAAGAAUCUGCUAAUUGUCACCCCGGGGUUUUUGGGCGACUGUAUUGAAACAGUAAGGGAAAUUGCUGCGGAAUUGGAAAGCAAGUUCCGCGAAAACGGUGGUCAGCGAUUCGUUCUUGUGUCUUGUUUAAACGAUUCCCCAGAAGGCAUUGAUAUGCUAGAAACUAUAGUAUAUGACAAUGUUUAG